CACCUCCCGCUACCGGCACACGGUGCUUUCCUCGGUGUGUGGUGAGGGCAACAGUCUCCUCUGCAGCCUUUUCCCCUUCUCUGGACAGGUACAAGGCACAGAACUGCCCCGGCAACAGCGAAAAGUUACCCAUCCUCAACGACUCCCCCAUGGAGGCAGAGGUGCAUUUCUCCUUUGAGAAGGACAGCAAAGGAGAGACGUUCCUUUUGGACCCUCCCAGCAUGAGGCUGCAGCCCAAAGAGAAGAAGAAGCUGAGUGUUUGGGCGUACCCGACUUCUGCUGGCCUCCUGGGAGACAGUCUCGUCUGCUGGAUCAAGGACAACCCGGAGCCAGUGGUCUUCCGACUGUGCUGCCAAGGGGGUCACGUGAAGCUGAGGGUCAGUCCCCAGGAGCUGCAUUUCAACAAGCUGCUUCUGCACAGGACUGACACCCAGACCCUGGUCCUGAGAAACGACAGCCCACUGCCCAUGGCAUGGCAUCUCAGUGGGCUGGACGACCUUGGAGAUGACUUCUCUGCAUCGCAAGGCAGGGGCAUUGUUGGGCCCCGCACAGACUUUGAGGUUUCAGAUACAGAAAACAUCCUGGGCAUUGUUCAGGCUGAAACCAUCAAAGUCUCUGUGGAGGUCUACGAUGUUAAUCUGAGCAUCAACAUGCCUGAAGUUUCAAGCUGACCACUGGAAGUGCCAAGAGGGGCGACUUGGAAUCUCCCUUCACUGUCCGGCCGCAGCGGGCUGUGCUGAAAGCCUCCCGGCCACCUCUGAAAGUUGAGGUCCUCUUCCACCCCAUGA